AUGGUACCUCCGAGGACCAGGAAGGGGUGGGGACGAGGGCGGCCGCCUUCUAGCGGCGCCGCUAACGCCAAGCCCCCCGAGACGCCGGGCGCAUGCGCAGUACCUCGUUACCGUGUCCCGCCCGCGCCUCUCUUCCGCGCUGCCUUCUCCAGCGCACGCGCGCCACGCCGCCGGUGCUCCUGCGCAGGCGCGAUGCGCGACAGUGGCGUUUCUACGCAGGCGCGGCGCCCGACGCCGCGGCUCGGCGCAGGCGCGAAGCGGCGCCGCGAACAGGAGGAGGCGGCGGCCGCCCCCCGAGCGCCGCCGCACGGGGCCCCCAGGCCCGGGAACCCCUUCGAGGACGAGGACAAGCAGGAGCCGGCCGCGCCCGCGGCGGACGAGGACAAGGUGGACCUGUCGGCGGAGUGGGUGCAGGAGCUGCCUGAAGACCUGGACGUGUGCAUCGCCCAGCGCGACUUCGAGGGGGCCGUGGACCUGCUGGACAAGCUGGAGCGGUACCUGCAGGACAAGCCUAGCCCGCCCCACGUGAAAGAACUCCGGGCCCGCGUGGACGAGCGCGUCCGGCAGCUCACCGAGGUGCUCGUGUUCGAGCUGUCCCCGGACCGGUCCCUGCGCGGCGGCCCCAAGGCCACUCGCAGGGCGGUGUCGCAGCUGGUCCGCCUCGGCCAGGGCACCAAGGCCUGCGAGCUGUUCCUGAGAAACCGGGCGGCCGCGGUGCGCACCGCCAUCCGCCAGCUCCGCAUCGAGGGCGCCACCUCGCUCUACAUCCACAAGCUGUGCCACGUCUUCUUCACCAGCCUCCUGGAGACUGCCCGGGAGUUCGAGACGGACUUCGCAGGCACCGACAGCGGCUGCUACUCCGCUUUCGUGGUGUGGGCGAGGUCGGCCAUGGGCACGUUCGUGGACGCCUUCAGCAAGCAGGUGUUCGACAGCAAGGAGAGCCUGUCCACAGCGGCCGAGUGUGUCCGAGUGGCGAAGGAGCACUGCCAGCAGCUGGGGGACAUCGGACUGGACCUCACCUUCAUCGUGCACGCCCUGCUGGUGAAGGACAUCCAGGGCGCCUUGCACUGCUACAAGGAGAUCAUCAUCGAAGCCACGAAGCACCGCAACUCCGAGGAGCUGUGGCGGAGGAUGAACCUGAUGACCCCCGAGGCCCUGGGCAAGCUCAAGGAGGAGAUGAAGAGCUGCGGGGUGAGCAACUUCGAGCAGUACACAGGGGACGACUGCUGGGUGAACCUGAGCUACACCGUGGUGGCCUUCACCAAGCAGACCAUGGGCUUCCUGGAAGAGGCGCUGAAGCUGUACUUCCCGGAGCUGCACAUGGUGCUUCUCGAGAGCCUGGUGGAGAUCAUCUUGGUGGCUGUUCAGCACGUGGAUUAUAGUCUGCGUUGUGAGCAGGACCCGGAGAAGAAGGCUUUCAUCAGACAGAACGCGUCCUUCCUGUACGAGACAGUGCUCCCCGUGGUGGAGAGAAGGUUCGAGGAAGGCGUGGGGAAACCUGCCAAGCAACUGCAGGACCUGAGGAGCACGUCGAGGCUUGUGCGCGUGAACCCGGAGAGCACGACGUCAGUGGUCUGAUGCGCGGGUCCGUGCAGACGUGGGUCCGUGCAGACGCUGCUUGUACCUAUAGUUUACAGUAGGUUGCGGUAGCAUAGUCUUUAUAGCCUCCAACACAGCUUAAAAAUAAAAAGAGCUCUCUUAGAAAUACAAAAUGAAGAGAGAAAAUAAUGUCAAACGAAGCCCGAAUAACAAGUCUUGACACUACUGAGACAUGUCACAUGUAGUAUGCUUUCCUUUUAAAUUAUGCUAAUGCUCUAAUGAACGUGUGAUCACACUAUAAUAUUGCAGCUUAUCCUUUGAGUUAACACACUUUCUCACAGUACGUGUACAUAUGUGUAUUAUGCAGCACAGAGAAAUAGUAUCUAUAAAUACAUAGAGUUUAAGCAUGUCGUGAAAGUUUCCCAGUUCCCUUAAAUGUCAGGUUUCUUAAAGGGUACAGCGCCAUAUAACACACCCUGCGUCCUGUACUGCCCCUCCUUAAAGUGUGAUUGAACAUGUGAGGAAAAGGAAGGAGUUGGGAAAGGUGGUUUCAGAGUAAAUUUUAGUCAAAAGAAUUCUUUCUUGAAGCUAGCUAGCGUGUGGACUCAGCUGCUCCUCCCGUCCGUGUACAAUGCAAGAGGAAGCUUUCAUAAAAGCAAUUCAGCAAACGUUUCCAACACAAUUUGAAUGGCUGAUUAUUUUCCAUUGCUAAUUAGUAGCGUCGUGGUAUUUGAUAGGGGAGUAUUGAUUUGGAAAUCUUAAGGACUGUGAUUAAUUUUUUUCCCAACAUAUUCCUGAAUUGUGUGAACUUCCAGAUAGAGCUUUUCUCUUUAUAUUGAAAAAUAAUAACAAACAGAAACACUGAAGAAUCUGGCGGCAGCCAGUGAUUUUAGUUAUCUCUCCUCCCACUCCCACCCACCCCUGUGUAGGUUAUAUAGUGGCUCAGACUUCAUGCAAAUGGAAAGAAAGUUUUCGUUGAAAUAUAUAUUUAGAUUUGAUAGUCUGGAUGGAUGGGAAAUUAGAAAAAAUCAUAUGCAGAUCCCAGUGUUCUCAAGCAUGACCACUGUGAGCAGAGGUUUGUUUUUGUAUUUUUGUAAUAACGUGGAGAACAGGUGAGACAGGGUACCCAAGGCAAAGAAAACCUUUUGUGACCUAGAAUGCCCCGUGCUCCAUUUUUCUUGUUUUAUUUUUUAUUUUCCUUGCUUUGCUUUUAAAAGUGAAUAUAAUGCUUCCUUCAGAUUGUUUAGUAAAGCAAAAAUAAAAAGAAAAAAAAAACCAAAGAAACGUGAGCUUCCCCAGGUUUCUAAACUAUUGCUUGUAUCAUUUAUUGACGAUUUAGAGGAGCUGCUAGCUGACAUCCGAGUUUCCCUAGCUUUUAGUUGUCAUUCUUGUCCAUAAGUGCCAUUUUUUGAUGCCCACUUCAAAAGAUCAUUUCUUUUAUCUGAAUAAAAAUGGUGGUAUUAAGGCUGUGAAACUUAACGUAAAACCAAAAACAAAUUCCAAAUAGUGGCUCAGUUGUAAAACUGCUUGAUUUCAUCACUCCUGUGCCAAACCAGCCCUUUUAUUUAUUUUUUUUAAGCUGUGCAUAUUUAAAAGGUUGAAAAUUAUCAGUUACAGAUUUUCUUUGAUUUAAUUUUUAAUUUUUUUCACAUAACUUGAGGAUUUUCUAGACAACCAUAACUGGAUAUCUCAGCUGAACAAAGUUACAAUUUGUCUUUUUAAGGAACACUGGAAACUUGAAUUAGAUAAAAUUUUGUGAUUAUUACAAUUAUUUUGUACCACCUACGGUUUCUGAUACAUUGUAUGAAACGCGUAUUGGGUAAAGAUAUGGUGCUGGGUCUGUGAAAUGAUACUUAUGAAAUCAAAAUUCCUCUUAAGGCGUGAAUUUGUAAAAACUUCAAUGUGUAUACUUAGAUGUUUAAGUGGUGCUUCUUCAUAGAACUGACUGCUUUUUAAAACUGGAAGUACAGAAUUUUCUUCUGUUAAACUUUGUGUGUUCCUGAAUCAGAGUUGUGGCCGAAGGGAGUAUGCUUUUGGUGAAUCGAUUAGUGUGGGAAUUGAUUAGAGACCACCAGCCUUGUGAUGUCCCCGUGUGCCCAGACAGCAGUUCCCUUCCUUUCCUCAAAGUGGAGUCAGAGCUCUUCUUGCUCAUUCUUUUUUGUUACAUUAGACUCCAGAACAAGUUCUAAAAAUUGAAUGCAACUAGCGAUUGUCCAGAAAUACACUGAAAUGUACCACUUAAGCACUGGUUGCCUUUUGCUGUGUGCUUCAAGCCUUAACGCUGUCACCGGAGCUUAGACUCACAGGCUGGACUGAAUUAAUUGCUGUUGGGGAAAAAAGACAGCCCGUGGAAUUAAGUCUCUUUGAUUAAAGCCUCAUUUCACUUAAGUGCUGAAAACGAACUUAUUUUUGUUUAAAAUACUACCGAUGGUUUAAUUAUGGGCACUUGGAUUUUGCAACUUGAUAUGGAUUUGACAUGUGGUAUAAAAUCAGUAUGUGUACAUUUCGCUUAUCGAUAUGCUGCAAUAUGAGGGAAUCUGAAAUGUUUUAUAAAAAUAAAGCUUAAAAAUUUUUACAAUGGAA